ACACAUGUCGCAUUAACCAUUUGAAGUGUAAAAUAAACAUCUCAAAAAAUGAACCAACAUCUAUUAGUCUUAUUUGUGGCCUUAAUUGGCAUAGUUGCUAGCCAGAAGUAUACUACAAAAUAUGACAACGUUGAUUUGGACCAGAUCAUUAAGAGUGACAGGCUGAUGAAGAAUUACAUCGACUGUGUUUUAGAGAGAGGAAACUGCACUCCGGAUGGACUAGAACUUAAGAAAAAUAUUCCCGAUGCGCUUUUGACAGACUGCAGCAAAUGCAGCGACACGCAGAAGAACGGAUCAAGAAGAAUUUUGAAACAUUUGGUACAGAACAAGCGAUCCUGGUUUGACGAGUUGGCUGCCAAGUACGAUCCUGAUAACGCUUACAGGAAGAGGAAUGAGCAAGAGUUCGCCAAAGAAGGAAUUGUUUUCUAAGUUACUAGUUUAAAAUAUGAUUGUUAUCUAAAAAUAAAUUAAAAAUAAACAAAAA